GUGGGGGGAGCGCAGCCGGCAGUACCCCUGGCUCGGGGAGGGGACACGUCAGUGCCGCCAGCAACGUCACGCAGUCCAGCCUAGCCCGCCGACACGCGAUUGGCUGCUGCGGCCGCUUACGCGUCGCGCUUCCUCGUCUGCUCCGCGUGUUCAGGGUAGCUUGCUCUCUUUUCCCAUCGGCAGAGAAGAGGCGAUGGCGGCGAUGGCAUCUCUCGGCGCCCUGGCGCUACUCCUGCUGUCCGGCCUCUCUUGCUGCUCAGCAGAGGCCUGCUUGGAGCCCCAGAUCACCCCUUCCUACUAUACUACUUCGGACGCAGUCAUUUCCACUGAGACGGUCUUCAUUGUAGAGAUCUCCCUGACAUGCAAGAACAGGGUACAGAACAUGGCUCUUUAUGCUGAUGUCAGUGGAAAACAGUUUCCCGUGACCCGGGGUCAGGAUGUAGGCCGUUACCAGGUGUCCUGGAGCCUGGACCACAAGAACGCCCACGCAGGUACCUAUGAGGUCAGAUUCUUCGAUGAGGAGUCCUAUAGCCUCUUAAGGAAGGCUCAGAGAAAUAAUGAAGACAUUUCCAUCAUCUCGCCCCUUUUCACAGUCAGUGUGGACCAUAGGGGCACAUGGAAUGGGCCCUGGGUAUCUACCGAGGUGCUGGCUGCAGCAAUAGGCCUGGUGAUCUACUACCUGGCUUUCAGCGCAAAGAGUCACAUCCAGGCCUGAGCACAGCACCCCCAGCCCUCCUUUGCUUCUUUCAAUAAACAUCACUGCUCUUGGCUUGCCA